CCUAACGAACCGUAGUCAGUCUCGAACCACAAAAUGUAGGUUAUUACCAUAGGAAAUCGUCGGUUAGCAUUUGAAAGACGUUUCUUGGACGAUAAAGAUAAUGAAGUUUGUGUUUUUGUUGAUAAUAAUUUUGUUAGUUCUAACUACGAAUCCUUGUGCGAGUUAUAAGCAAGUUUAUAAAGAAAAUAUACGGAAUUGUUUGGAAAAUACCGAUGAUAAUGUGAAACUAAACGACACGUCCAGUAUUCGGUCCGAAGAAUUAUCGCUGCACAUCUCAGAUUUGAUUCUAAAAGUAACCAACGAGACUUUGAGUAUUUCUUUUAAACCUGACGUAUCGGAAGAUGGUCGAAAAAUGAAGCAAUCGACUUCUAAAUUAAUAGAAUAUCUUUUGGUGCCUGCUUUUAUGAUGUCGGGAAUGAUGCCUUGGUUUAUGCCCAAAUUACAAAUGAUGGUUAUGAUGAUUUCAAUGAUGAACAAUAUGAUGUUUACCAGUGGUUUAUUUUCGCUUGUGAGGAAUUUCGUUUUCGAAAAACAGCCCGAUGAGCACGUUAUAUACGUCAACAACGGCUUUAGAAAUAAAUCUCCUUAUUAUCCUAAGUGAAUGAAUAGCUUAGUUAUCUAAAUAUUAUUUAUGAACUAAUUAAAGUUUUUUUUUAUCAAUUGUGAUGAUAAUUUUUAACUAAUUGAUUGUUUACCCCACAGCAGAAUGUUUUUGGUCUUUCUGCGACAGACCCAAAAUACCUUAAAAACUUUCUGCUGAUAUUGCAUUAUAUUUUUUGGAUUUGCGGGGUUUCCCCGAAGGAAAAAGAUAAAAAUACGGUUAUAAAAUGAAAUAAGUAAUAUUUAAUGAUCAUAAAACAAAUACUUAAUGUAUGGACUCAGCCUAUAAAUGAGUGUCUUAGUCUACAUAAAUUAAGUUAGGUUAUGAUAAGCAAACUUUGAAAAACAUGCCAAGGCAACUCAUUCUGGAUUCUUCCAAUCACUUUAGAAUAAAAGUUAGUAGCAUAUUUACUGCAUACGGCCAACUUUUGUUACCUUUGUUACUGUUAAGCUGCUUGGUUUGUCAAUAGUGCAUACCUCCUCUAGGUCAGAGAUGUCCCUGGCAUUGUAGAAGCAAUUACUGAGCCCCAACUUUCACAAAUAGCCUCUGAGACAUGUGUAGUUAACUUAAACUUUAAAAGCUACUGUCUGCACAAGAAAUAAACAUCGAAAUCAGUCGUUUGUCUCAUCACGAACAAUCAGAUUGACCAAAAGAAUUUGCAAGAAUUGUCACUCAAGGUUGCAAGAUAAAUAUGACUAAAUAAAAGAUAGCCUCUCUAAAUAUUUUUACUUGGAAUGUUUCUAAGAAUAUAUAUUUUUGUUUGUGUCGUAUAGGAAUGCAAGAUUUUGUGUUACCAAUCUACAAUGCAAGAAAUAUUUUAUAUAACUUACUGAGGUGAUAUUUUUGUGUAAGUUAACCUAACCACAAUUAAAACCAGACAGAUUUAACUUCUAGUUAGUAAAUUUUACAAAUAUGUAUCAAGCAGAUACUUUUUUUGAUCACAACAUACUUAAACAAACAAAUAGAAGGAUGAGCAAAAUUAGAGGGAGAAUUAAUGCUCUUAGUGUAAUUCUAAGCUAAAGUUUUCCAAUAGAAUAAGGGUUAAUUAAACAAAAAUUAAUUAUCUUUUAAUGUUUAGUGUAAUAUCGAUGUUUUUUGCCUGUUUCAUAAU